AACAUAAUAAAAAAUCUAGAUGUUUGCGAGCCUGCAGCGUGAGGGAGAAGUGGGAUGUUUUAUGUUAGUGUGGUUAGAGUGUAGUUAGUGGAGCAGUAGGCUAUAGGCGGCGGCGCGGAUGGUGAGCGGUUGGCAGCGCGUCAUCAUGUGCCGGUGAGCGCGCGCUCCGCCUCAGCUGGUCCUCCAGCGUCUCUACCUUCUUGCCGCUCCAUCAGCCCUCGUUGGCUGGCUGAACUCUCACCCCGGCGCUCGGCAAAUGUCAAAGAGAGGCCCGUGCCGCAGCAAGGGGGCGUUGAGGGGGGGGAACAACUGGCUUUCUAAUCUUUUAUAUCAACCCAGGGUUUUUUUCUUCUUCAAUAAAACCACCCCGAAAGCAUUACUGUAAGUGACGGAAGCGAAGGACAGCCAGCAGCCCGCCUCCUGUGUGCAGCACCGCGGACUCCGCACCGCAGCUCCAUCGCUCAGGUUCCGCGCUCCAACAUGAGAUAUGAAAACUUUGCGGGCUGGGACCUGCUGCUCGUUCCAGCACACCCCUGUUCCACCAUGACCCCCAGCAGAGAAUUCUGGGAUUGACAUUAGCAUCACUCCCACUGAUGGCCUGCACCAGGUUUCAGCUAACCUGCUGAAGCUAUGGGGAGCUGUUGGAGCUGUCUAUACAGAGACGCCAUUCAAGACAACCACCCCACCAAAUUCAAGGUGACAAAUGUGGAUGAUGAAGGGAACGAGCUGGGAUCGGGUACUAUGGAGCUCACCCAAACCGAACUCAUUCUGCACACCCGAAAGCGUGAUGCCAUCCGGUGGCCGUACCUCUGCCUGCGCCGUUACGGAUACGAUUCCAACUUGUUCUCCUUCGAGAGCGGGAGACGCUGUCAGACAGGACAGGGGAUCUUUGCAUUUAAGUGCUCCAGGGCAGAAGAGAUCUUUAACCUGCUGCAGGAGCUGAUGCAGUGCAACAGUAUUAACGUGGUGGAGGAGCCCAUGAUCAUGACCCGGCCUGGCCACACACCUGAGAUGGAGAUGCCCCGAACCCCUCAAACACCCAACACUCCCGGGUUCCCAGUGCAGACGUUUCCUAACGGAUACCCUGGAUACCCUAUAAGUGCAGAAUCAUCACAGCCCUCCCUUACCGAUGACCACAGACACAGCCUCAUGGGGAUGGAUGACCAGACACACACGUAUGUGAAUACGGUUAGUAUGGAGAGUGAGCUUUCGAGCCGCCACUGUGUCCGAUCCCUUCCCGAGGUUCGCCCCCCCGCCUUCACCGAGGCGUCCACUAAACCUGGCCAACCCGGCAUGCACUGCUGUGGCAUGGACGACUCUCACAAGGACCCUCAGCUCUUCCUCCAGCCAGGGGCUCAGGAGGUGAAGUUCAUGCUGGGGCCGACGCCUGCACAGCGACACCUGAUGGAGCGAGAGCGGGAGCGAGAGCGAGACCGAGACCGGCACUCCUCUCACCCUCUCCGAGCGCCUGACGGCAGCUCUGAAACCGAGGGAGAAGAGGCUCCUCCCCUUCACAUGUGCAACACACAUGCCUACCACCAUUACCACCAUCAUCUGCACCGGCACUCCAGCAUGGAGCCUUGUCCGGGAAGCCAGCUAACAUAUGAGAACAUUAAUGGUCUUAGAGGGCCACGCAGGCAGAGGCUAAGCCCCAGCAGUGCCUCCCAGUCGCAGUCUGUGGGCUCAAGCAGCAGCAGCAGCACAGCUGGAGAAACACACCCACAUACACACCCACACUCCCUGGCACUCUCGCACACACAUGCGUCCUCAUUGCCUCCGCAGGGCUACAGCGGGGGUCAUCGCCGCUCUGCGCUGCUCAACUACGAGAACCUUCCAUCACUGCCACCGGUGUGGGAGUACCGUGCUCUUCAGCAUGAUGAAGAAGAGGAGCAGGAUGAAGAUGAGGAAGAUGAUGAGUACGAGGAGGAAGAAGAGGAGGACUUUGAUGAGUAUGAAUAUUCAGAGGGGCCAGGAACACCAAAUGGAUAUCAUCAGGAAAGUGGUGGCAGCGGUGGGAUUCAUCGCGAUGCUCUGCAGAACUACGUCAACACAGAACAGAUUCCGCCUCCCACCCAUCUGCAUCAUGCGUGCCCUCCUCAUCCUCAGCCCUCCGAGAGGGGUGGACGAGUUUUCAGUUUUGAUUUCCGCCGGCAUCGGGCGGGGCGUGGCACAGUUGGCAGUGCAGCCUGCGAGCAGCAUGGCCGCCACCUGCCCCCUCCACCCUCUCGCCAGCUCAACUACAUCCAGGUGGACUUGGAGGCUGGAGCCUCGAGUUGCCCAGGACACGGCGGGGGCGGAGCUCAAGUGCCACAGAGACCGCCUCCAAUGAAGCGCGGCAUGGCUGCUGCCCCGGUAAUGCCUCCCUCCCGCCGUGGUGAGUGUUAUGCUGUGAUCGACCUGCAGAAAACCGCAGCCAUGUCCAAUCUGCAGAAAGCCCUGCCUCGUGAUGAUGGCACGUCCCGAAAGACCCGCCACAACAGCACCGACCUGCCUCUGUGAGACAAAAUGAGCGAUAAAGAGUGAGGGAAAAAAAAGAAUGUUAUGGGUAAGAGUAGAAAACAAAGGAGCUCUGUGGAGUUACUGUCCUCUCACCAUUUGGUUGGAGUUUUCAUCCUCACACUCAUAUUUUCAACACAUUGCACUUAUGCCAGCUACAUCUUGUGGAUACAAUAAGGUGAAACUGAAUAUACCAGCUAUAUGUUAUAUAAAUCCAUGCAGUUUUUAAAGGCGGUACAUAACUGAUUUUGGUGCCCAUUGACCCUCAAAUUGUAAUCAAGCCCCUUCUUCUAAACUGAGCCACAGAGUUAUACCUUUAUAGAAAAGGUGUUAAAAAUAAUCUACAAGGAAAUAUCGCAUUCCAGAUCAUAUCUGAAGCUGCUUUAUAAACAGCUGUCUUUUCAGCUUACGUAAAACAAAGUACUACAUGUUUAAAAGCAUGUUUAUUCACAGCAGUUCUUACUCAUCCAUCUGGUCUGCCAUUAACUUUUAACAACUUUUCAACAAUACGUUACAUCCUAAAGCAUAUUUUUUUUCAAUAAAAAAAACCAACAUUUAAUUGAACAUAAAAUACAGUUGAGAAAGUUCGUUGUGUGUGAAAGUACAGAUUAGGAAAGAGUAAAAGACAUUACAGUCUAAGAGAUUACAGUCUGACUGCUGUUCCCACAUUCCCAACAUAAUCACUUAAUCUGUGAUUCACAUUCAAGUGUUAAUGAAGUGCAAAUCCAAGAGUAUGUAUUUAUGUAAAUCUAUGUUUUGGAAAAACUGUGCAAAGCAUCAUAGCCAUGCAUAUGCAGAAGGAAGGACUUUCAUUAUUUUUUUAUUAAAAAAAAAAAGUCAUUCCAUGAGCCUUGAUUAGGCAAACCUUAUUUAUAUUAAUUUAUUUAGUUUUAUUAUGCAUAUUUAUGCAUUUAUGGAUUUGUUUAAUUUUGUUAUUUGACUCUUAUAAAUAAGAGUAGAUAACAUAUACGUCAAGGAGAUGAAUUGUCUUCUAAAGAUAGCAUAGGUGAUGAGGAAGACGAUACAAUCCAGCUUUGUUACAUGUCAUGUCAUUGUUACGUUGUUUUGAUACCUGCAGUUUCAUGUGGAAUAUUUCUAUUUUAGUGACAUAUCGUGCCAAACACAGGAAUAUUAUACUGAAUCAUGUGCCAAUGGUGUAUAUGGAGUUUGAGGGCUAACUAUCAGCAACAGCUGAAAAUAAACUACAGCUGUACUCACUACACAAAGAUUAUAAGCUAUCCAGGGCUAAAAUGUUGAUGAUUUAGACAUUGCCUCCCAUUUAUACAUGCCAGUUUUUACUGCAUAUGAAGUUAUUGAAUCUGGAUGUUUUGUUGUUAGUGGCAGAAUUCCAGUCAGGGUUCAUGUUUGUCUGUUCCACCUAUAGUAACAGGUAGCCUACUGUACACGUUGCCUUGCAGUUACACUAUACUGUGAAAAAGACUAAUAUGAAUAAAGGCUCAAAUUCUGCGAUUACCAGAUGUUCAUACAUAUGAGGAUUACAGCACCAAGAAUUUUGUUAGGAAGGUUUUCUGCACAAAGAAUAAGACUAAUCCAAAAGUAAAAAGGCUUUUUAAUUGAGAUUCUGACUUUAGUAUAAGAUUUAAUAUAAGAUCUGUGUUGGGGGGGAUAGAGGGCCAUGAAAUAUUUGCUUUGGUCUUUACUUCCUGAUAAAGUUUUUCCACCAAUUUUUCAGAAUUUCAUUUUGUUACAAUAAUUUUGUAUAACUGUAGUAUAUUUACACAUUUCAUAAAUGUGCAAAUGUACCACAGUUAUACAUAAUUAUCACUACUUUAAAAAAACAACAACAACUAACCAGUGAGUAAGUGUUCUUUCAUAUAACUGAACCAUAACCUUUAUUUAUCCCAUUUAAAUAUUAUGAUUACAGACAUAGCCAAAAAAAUACACUUACCACUCAGCUAUGAAAGUGCUAUGUAUGUAUAUAUGAAACUUUGUAAAAUGGGUGGAAACUGUAAUAUAGUUUCUUCUCGUUUAGCUGGGUGGGGAUGUAGACUCAGCGCUUCAAACUGGAAUUGGCAGCCAUGCUGAACUGAAAGCAAAGCCACAUGGAGCUUCAUUACCAAAUUCUUCACAACGUUAAUCUACUUAUUAGCCUCUUUUGUUAUAAGCUUGUCCUAAAAUAAAUUUAAAACAAAGUAUUCUGAUUUCUAAUUCAGAAUUCUUUUUUUUGAUCAACAUUCCCACAACUUAGUUAUUCGAACUAAAACCAAUUGUUCUUCAUAGAGCCUUGCAUUUCACUCCAGUAUGGCUGUUAGUGGGGUCAAGCCAAACUAAAUCAACAUGUAAUAUACACUCACACAGGUACAUUGCGGUGUUUGUGAUGUACUCUAAGAAUGCGAUGAUAAACUAUUUGGACACUUUUGAACACUUUUAAGAGAGUCAAUCUAGUUUUAACAUCUAUAUUUUUGGUAUUGUGUGAAAAAAACAUUUUGCAAUAACAGCUAUUGGGGUCAUAUCAGUGUUUGUCCAAGUUGUGAAAAAUGAUGAUCUGUGUGUAUGUGUGUGUGUGGUACGAAGGUGGUAUUUCAUCACCUUUCAAAGAGGUCUUAAUCAGGACUGGCUUUGCUGUCUUUCUCAGGCCUUGAUGCACAUGUGCUUUUUGGCCUAAUCUUGGCAUUGUGAGGAAGGGGGGGAUUGUAUUUGUAUUAAAUAUGACACAUGUGGGAUAAUAGAUAACGUAAUUGUGCUAUAAAAAAAAAUAUGAAUAGUUAUUAAAUUGUGGGGACAAUUAAGGUACACUAGGAAACCUUAGAAUCUUAUGUUUACGUUGGUUGUGUGAGACCUCUUUGGAUUGUGAAUGUUUUAAUUUUCAGGAUUUUCCAUUUUUAACAUAAUUUUUUUAUUCCAUCAGGGUCAAUGAAGUAGCUCUUCGCUGUGAAUUUCAUAUAUUAUGGGUUACAUUUUAGACCCAGGCUAGUUGCACUGAAAAUAGAAAUAGGACAACAGUAAUCCUGAAUUAUUGAAUAUUGAAUCCCACUGUAAAAAAAAAAACAUUAAAAAGAUAUGUUUUGAAAUUUUACAAAGAAAGGUUGAACGGUCAUUCAGCAUUUACAGGUGUCUUAAUUGCAAUCUUUGUUUAGACUUUCCUUGUUGACUUGUUUUCGUCAAAACAACUAUGUACCUCUCCGUUAAUGCAAUGUCAUGAAUGGGAUUCGUAUAUAAUUCUAUUUUCAUCCAAGCCUGAGAUAAAUUUUCAGCUGAAGGUCAUUUUGAAGGAAACCUAACUGAAAUCUGAAUGACUUACUGGCAGUCUGGCUUCAUAUUUUGUCUUAAUAAGGCUUAGGCAGAGCUCACUGACUGUGAUGUCCUGCACAUUAAUGUGAAUGAGUGCCAAUUGUGUCUGAGUAAGAGCGAUUGAGAGCGGCUCAUGCAUGGACUCUUUAGUGGAGCUUGCUGGGCUCAAAGCUCUGUGAACAGUCUUACUCUCUGUAUGAAUGUAAUACACAGAGACGGACUUGUAAAACGCCCAGAUCAGGCGAUUUACACUUGAUGUUUCUAUCCUCACUGAUUUAAAAAACAAAAACAAAAAAAGUGUUACUGUUUUGUCUUGAAAAUUAAAUUUUUUCCAGUUGGUUUCUUUGUAUACAGUAUUUACAUUUUCUUGUAAGUAUGUAUUUCUGUGUGCGUACAUAACAUAUAUAUGGGUAUGCCGUGGCAGUCAGCUUCUCCUGUGUUUGUUUACACAACACACUACUUUUUUGCCACAGCUGUUGAACUGUAGGAAGAACCGUCCGUGCACCGGAAUUCAUUUCGUUAGAUGGACAAUGCGUCUCGUCUCUGUCAACAGAGACGAGAUCUUCAGUAGUCUGACGUAGUCGCAGUCCUAACCCUUCCCUCCUCCUUACGAUGCAGAGCAGGCAUGCCCCAUAUUGAAUGUUAUUUUCAGUCGUAUAAACCUUUUGAAGAGAAAGGCUUGUACAAUAAAAUGAAUGUGAUUCAAUGUAAUGUCAAUAUUAAA